AAACACCACUGGCGCUCAUUCCCAAUUUUUCUUCCACGGCCGUGAUGAUGGAGGGAGAAGAAACACUCCUUCCAAAGCAACAAGUCAUCGUGCUGGAAGUGGAGGGCAUGAUGUGCAUGAAGAACUGCGGCACCACUGUACAGAACGCCCUCAAGAACAUGGAUGGCGUUGAGUCCGCGGUUGUCACAUACACCGAACAUAUUGUCACCGUGCGUGUGUUGCCGUACUAUUCCAUCGACCCGAGCGACCUCAUCGACACAUUGGAUAUGGUGGGGUUCGAUGCCACACUCCAAGUCCCCUUCGACAUGGAGCCACGGAACGUCGUCCGCCUCGGCGUCGACGGGAUGAUGUGUAUGAAAAACUGCGGAACGACUGUUCAGAACGCACUUCGACUGCACGAAGGCGUCCAAUCCGCAUACGUCGAUUACGACAAGUCCAUGGCAACGAUCACAAUCGACCCAGAGCACAUUGGGGUGGUGACGGAGCAGGAUUUGAUAGACACUGUCGAGUGCGUUGGGUUCGACGCAUACGUGUUCAACCAUGGUGAGCGAUGUCGCCGACGGUUGGCGGCCAAGGCCAAGGCGGCGCUGCAGGAUGAAACCGAGCAAUCGACCAGCAUUGCGAUCGCGGAAUCCUCCCAUCCUCGCGCGUUUUUCAAAAUUGACGGCAUGAGCUGUGCUGCAUGUGUCAAGGCCAUUGAAGACGUACUGCGGCACCAAGCUGGGAUCGUGGACUGCCGCGUAGGGCUUAUCAGCGCCAAGGCGGAGAUCGCAUUUGACAGGUCCAUCUUCGUCGAGCACGAAGAUGUUCAAAUUGGCGACUUUAUCCGAAACGCAGGGUACGGCGCCACAUACAUCAACACGAUCGACGGCGACGACGACAGCUUCGAGGUCAAGUACGACGUCGAAGGAUUGACUGGCCCAGAGCACAUUCAUGCGGUGGAGAGCGCCGUCAAGGCCUUGGCGGGGGUGGCGAGCGUGUCCAUCAAGCAACACGUCGUGUCGGUGCAUCUCAAGCAAAUGUCGGCCACUGGCCCCCGCACGGUUCUGGAUGCGAUUGCCGCCGCCGGCUACACCGUGUCGGUGCAUGUGGCGCACGCCGACGAUACCGACGAGGACGAGAGCGCCAAGUGGAAGCGGCUGCUGCUGAUUUGUCUGGUGUUUUCGCUGCCGGCGAUGAUCGUGCAUAUGGUGCUCGGGUGGAUCCCUGCGUGCCGGAUGCUGCUCAUGUCGAAGGUUGUGAACGGGCUCACGGUCAAGUGCCUUGUGAUGUUUCUGCUCACGACGCCGGUGCAGUUUGGCAUCGGCCUCCGCUUCUACGUGGCCGCGUACAAGGGGCUCCAGCACGGCAUGAUGGGCAUGGACUUCCUCAUCGUCGUGGGCACGACCGCGUCUUACUUGUACAGCUUCAUCUCGAUGGUCGGGUGCAUUUUGAGCCCGACGUUCCGCGGCCACCACUUUUUCGAGUCGUCUGCGAUGCUCAUUUCGUUCGUCACGAUUGGCAAGUACUUGGAAUCCAAGGCCAAGAAGGACACGGCGCAGUCGCUGGGUGUGUUGGUCAAGAUGCAGCCCAAGCACGCGCUCCUGAUCGAAUCAACUCUUAACGGCGGCGGCGCGGCAAUGUCCAAGGACCGAAGCAUCCCCAUCGAGCUCGUCCAGCGCGGCGACAAGCUCCGACUUCUCCCCGGCUGCCGCAUCCCCACGGACGGCGUCGUCGUGCACGGCCAAAGCUCGUGCGACGAGAGCAUGCUUACAGGCGAAAGCAUGCCCGUGACCAAGUCCCAAGGCGACAUUGUGUUUGGGUCGACGGUCAACCAGAGUGGUGCGCUCGUGAUGGAGUCGACGUGUGUGGGCGGCCAGAACACGCUGAGUCAGAUUUGCGCGCUGAUUGAGAACGCACAGAUGGACAAGGCGCCGAUCCAGGCAGUGGCCGACAAGUUUGCGUCAUGGUUUGCCCCGUUCGUGAUGGUCGUGGCGCUGAUCACGUUCGCCACGUGGUACGUGAUGCUGACGUUCGACGUGGUUCCUGUCGAGUGGAAGCUGUCGAUGGGCAUCGUCACGACUGGUCACGAAGACGACCUGUUCAUUUCCGUGCUGUUUUGCAUCUCCACAGUUGUCAUCUCGUGUCCGUGUGCGCUGGGACUGGCGACCCCUACCGCCGUGACGGUUGGCACCGGCGUCGGCUCCAAAUUCGGCAUCCUCAUCAAGGGCGGCCGCGCGCUCGAGACGGCGCGGUCGGCGGAUGUAGUUGUGUUUGACAAGACGGGCACGCUCACGGUGGGCCAUCCGUCCAUGACCGAAGUGGUCGUGUCCGAGGGCGGGGCCGUGACGGCGCGCGACGUGCUGUACUAUGCGGCUUGUGUGGAAACGCAAAGCGAGCACGUGCUGGGCAAGGCGAUCGUGCUGGCGGCGUCCGAGCAAGAGCAGCUCGAGUUGCGCGAACCCACCAACUUCCGCGUGGUGCCGGGGCGGGGGUUGCGGGCGACGGUGCCGCGUCGAAGCGACGGCCAGUCGUCGACGACGACCCAAAACAUGAUGGACGUGGCUGUGGGCAACUCGGCGUGGCUCGAGGAACAAAACGUGGCGAUCCCGUCCAAGAUGGAAGCGCACAUGUGGGAGCUGGAAAACGAAGGCAAGACGGUCGUGUGCGUGACUUUGAACAAUGUGUUUGCGGGGCUGAUUGCGCUGGCCGACACGGCACGCCCAGAAGCGGCCGAGACCAUCGCGCAGCUCAAGCGCAUGGGCAUGAAGGUUUGGCUCAUCACAGGGGACAAUGCGCGGACGGCCACGGCUGUGGCGCGGCAUAUGGGCAUCGACAACGUCAAGGCGGUGGCGUUGCCUGGGCAAAAGGUGGAGCAGAUCAAAGUGAUUCAGAGCCGGACGAGCGAGCGCACGGGCAAGCCGCAUGUGGUCGUGAUGGUGGGCGACGGCAUCAACGACGCGCCGGCGCUGGCGCAGGCGGACGUCGGCCUUGCGAUAGGCGCCGGCACGGACAUUGCGCUCGCCCAGGCCGACAUGGUGCUAGUGAAAUCCAACCUGCGCGACGUGGUGACGGCACUAGACCUGUCGCGAGUGAUCUUCACGCGCAUCAAGAUCAACUUGUUCGCGUCGAUGAUCUACAACUUACUCAGCAUUCCGUUGGCGGCGGGGCUGUUCUUCCCGCUCUUCCACCGCAUGUUGCCCCCUGCCUGCGCCGGGAUUGCGAUGGCGAUGUCGUCCAUCUCGGUGAUUUCGUCGUCGCUUAUGCUCAAGCGGUACACCCCCCCGGUGUUUAGCGAGUCUUUCUCGCUGAAAAAACCAUUGACUGGUCGACCCCCUGUUAACGGGGGCCGCAACAUGCUCGAGUUGGGCAAAAUUCGCAACCGGCCUUACCACCCUGUGGACAUCCAAGAAAACUAGGCACGUGUGUCUAUUUAAUAUUAAGUUAUUCCACGAAAC